AUGAAGCGCCUUGACCGCAUUCGCGAGGCUCUGGAGCAGCUGAGCCCACAGCGGGCGGAUAGCACGUUGCCCACGUUUCACCCUCGCAUCAGUCUUCACAAGCUGAAGGAGCUGGUCGAGUGCCUCUUUUACGUCUUUUUCCCAGAGUGCACGAACCCGCCGUCGAUGACGCCGACGCUUGCCGACGCAGACGCGCUCAUGGAGUGGGUGAUUGGGCACAUCGCAGACGUUCUCACGACACAGAUCUACGUUGCCUUUGUCUUGCACGGCGACGCGCACGCGGUGGAGGAUACGAAGCCUUUCAAGUCCUUGAACACAUCACGGCGCACGCAGCUGGAGUGGAAUGGGCAGCGAAGCGCCCCACUGCCGUUGCUGGAGAGGGAGUCGACAGGCACACAAGGUGGAUAUGGUGUGGCUGCCGCGGCGGAGAAGGACGUCCCAAAGGCGGCGCCUGAGGUGCUGCGCUGCACGGGAAACCGCGCUCGCUUACCAUCAUCUGUGGAGGUCUCGUCCAAGUCGGCAGCCUCUAACGCAAACGCCAUGUGCGAGACUGCGGACGUCAACAGCGGCGCCAAUCAGUUCUUCCUCACGAACUGCAAGCGCAGGGCAGACGCGAUUGUGACGAAGUUUGUCGUGGAGCGACUCGCGCACGUGCGCUGGCUCCUCCACACCGACGUGGAGGCCAUUUUUAAAGGGGACGUUGCCGCCUCCUCGCCGACUGAGGUGGUACUGUGCUACCCAGGACUUCGCUGCAUGGUACAUCAGCGUGUGGCACAUCAACUGCACCUUCUUGGAGUCCCCCAGAACUUGACCCGUAUGCUGACAGAGUUGGCGCAUUCAGAGACGGGGAUCGACAUCCACCCGAACACGGCAAUUGGGCAUCACUUCUUCAUUGACCACGGCACCGGCAUCGUCAUAGGGGCCACGGCGGUCAUCGGCAAUGGUGUCUCCAUCUACCAAGGUGUUACUCUCGGUGCGCGGAGUUUUCCGACGGACGAGAAAACAGGCGAGAGGAUUCGCGACCUCCCACGACACCCCAUCAUCGAGGACGGCGUCACGCUGUACGCCAACGCUGUAGUGCUAGGUCGCGUGACGAUCGGUGAGCGCAGCACCAUUGGCGGUAACUGCUGGAUAGUUUGCGAUGUGCCGCCCUUCUCAACAGUAGUGCAGAGGUCGAACCACCUACUGCAACCACAUGAGCGCAUGUUUCUUGAGAAGGACGGCUCUGGCAUCUGA